AGUCACCUCACUGACACACACACAUACACUAGUCAGUAGUCGGUGGCUCACUGACACACACACACACAUACACAAGUCAGUGGCUCAAUCAACUGGCUCACACCCCUGGAUUACCUGGCCAAUGAAGAUUGUCUGAUAUUUGUCCUAGGCAAGAUGGCACUCGCACCAAUUACUGUAAAACAGCGGAAAACUGUCGAGGAUGAACUCGGUUACGAUGACGUUCAAGUGCAAAAGAAAAUAGAACAGAUCAAAGAUUGGAUGAAAAAACAACCACAUUUACCAUCUUUGCCAGAUGACUAUGCAGUCAAAUUCAUCCGGCAGUACCUGAUCGGCACAAAGUUCAGCACAGAAGUGACAAAAUACAAAAUCGACACAUUUUUCUCCAUGAGGCAUCAACUUCCUGAGAUCUUCUGCACCAGAGACCCAUUGCAAAAGGAUGUCAUAGACAGCAUUGACAAAGUACGAUAUUUAUGCCUCCCAGACCUCACUCCAGAAGGCUACCGAGUACACAUACUUAACUACAAUGACGAAGAUAAGGAGAAAAGAUUCACUGGGAAGGAUUUGAAGGGAUUCUACAAGCGCAUGAUGGCUACGGCCUCUGCGAGAGUCAUGCAAGACGAGUUUUGCUGCGGAGAGGUGCUCAUUUCCGACUCUCGGGGAUUCUACCUCAACCAUCUGACAGAGCUGCCGUGGCUGUUCAUACAGAAGUUCACCUCCCUAGCUCAGGAAGGACUUCCAAUCAGAAUCAAGGGAGUUUACAUGAUCAACAAUGUGAGUUAUGUGGAACAGGCUCUGAACAUCCUCAAACCCUGCUUCAAGGAGAAAGUCCGCAAGAGGAUUCACGUACUGUCUGGAGAUCACACCAGCCUCUACAAAUACAUUCCACAGAAGAUGCUACCGAAGGACUACGGUGGAGAUGGACCUAGCAUUGUGGAACAAACAGCUGCAUGGCAAAAGACAAUCGAGUCCAUGAGAGAUUUUCUCAUUGAAGACGAUAAGAGAAGAACAGAUGAAGCUAAAAGGCCAAAAGACAAUACAAACGUGCAUGGACAGCUGUUUGGCAUCAACGGAACUUUCAACAAACUCAACAUUGAUUGAAUGAAAUCAAUAGAACAAUCAAAUAAUUCAAGAUGCAAAAAAAAUUAACAAGACAACCAGCAAGCUCAAAUCAGCGUUGGUUAGUCAUCGAUAAGCAAAAAAGAAUUUAACACCGAUAGAACAAUAUUGAAACAAUUCAAAAUAAGUUGUGAGUGUGUCACCGUGCUUGAUGGAGUUUAAGAGAUGAAACACAAACAUCAUCUAAGAGAACAAAAAUUUUCAUUCACGUUAAAACCAUUUUUUUAAUAAUUUUGAGAUUAAACUGUGGUGUUAGUAUUUUACUGGUGAUUGUAAAAAUUGUAUAUAUUAUCAAAAGAUCAAACUGAUAUAAUUUAUACUUAGUAAUAGGAAAUAAACACUGUAAUUGUU